GUUCCCCUAAGCGGCUCUUCCUGGCCUUGGCAGGGCUCCUCCUUCUGGUGCUAUCGAUGCCAUCGCCUCUUCCGAAUAUGGGCGAGAGAGACUGUAUCUUGCCCCGUUUGUAGGGGUGGCUUCUUCGAAGAAAUUCAUCCACGCCCACCGAGAAACCCCACAACAAGAAGAAGACCCAGAAACCGUUUAUCCAAUGCUCUGCAACUUUUCAUGAACAGGCCUCAAGCCCCACCUUCUCCAUCUCCCCCUCCCCCUCGUCCAUGGCUUCCUCCAUCUACCCCUCCAAACCCACCUCCCACUUUUGAAGUCUUCUUUGAUGACGGCUCCGGUUCGGGCCUUGGACCCCUCCCUCCAACCAUGGCUGAGUUCUUGAUGGCGUCUGGUUUUGAUCGAUUGAUCGAGCAACUCACCCGCAUCGAGCCCCCUCGAGCCUCUCGCUUCGACCACACCCCAGCCUCAAAGACGGCCAUUGAGGCCCUCCCAGUUAUCUCUCUAACAGAAGCUCACAUCUCUCUAGAGCUCCAUUGUGCAGUGUGCAAAGAGGCCUUCGAGCUCGGCGGCCAAGCUAGAGAGAUGUCUUGUAAACACCUCUACCAUUCUGAGUGCAUUGUUCCAUGGCUUAAUAUCAGGAAUUCAUGCCCUGUUUGUCGAAGUGAAUUGCCCACUGUGGGCAACUUCCUGGCCCAAGAGGGAGAGUUUGAGGUGAGAGAAACCAGUUCUCAAACCGAAGAGAACAGUUUUCCAGUGGGCUUGACCAUAAGGAGGCUGCCAAAUGGUGGUUAUGCAGUAGGUACAUUUACAGUUUCGAGAGGUGGAGAGGAGAGAGUGAGGGAAUUGCCGGUUGUGUAUCACAGGGCGGCCAAUAGAGGCAGUGGGGGUGGGACGAGAGAGAGUCGGGCUUCUGGAAUUGGGAACUCGAUUUGGGGCUUCCUUUCGAGGGUGUUGCCAUUUAGUCCGAGCUUGGGUUCUGGUUCAGGUUCGAGUACACAGAUUCCGACCCAUAGGAGGAGGUCGGGGUUUGUAGCAUUGACUAGGAGGUUUGGGAGACGGAGCUAUGAGAGCGAUGAUGAAGGGCCUUCUGAUUUUUAGAGCGGGUAAGUGUUCUAGAGAGAGGGAGUAGAUUAAUGGCUCAUUCACUGUAACUGGAAUUGCAUGUCUUUAUACAGGAAGGCUGUACUUUUUGAACAUCAAUCCAUUACUGUGAUCAAUCCAUUACUGUGAAUUAUUCUGAAGGACGAAAAUUGUAACUUUGGAAGAGUGAGAAAGUGGAAAGUGGAGACUGUAAUGUCAGAGAGAGGGGUAAGCGAUCGAUUUAUUUUAGUGUGAGAGCCGAGAAAUGGGAAUUGGAUUGUUGGGAACAGUGAUGUGAAAACCGGAGCGGGCAAGGUACGCGCAUACGGACAUUGCGGAGUACCAAGAGGAAGUCGAGUGUUUUUCUGUCGUGGUUUUAAAGUGGACCUUGGGGUGAUCAGUUGAAUGUAAUCGACUGACACAAGUGGAUUUUGGGGUGACUAGUGGAAUGUAGUCGACUCACACGACUGAAGAUCAGUAGUACCCUUACAAGUUUAUGUUUUUCUGCUAUGUGGUAGCUUUGUAAGAAGCUGAACUUUACCUUUGUAAAUAUGCUAUUCUGCUAUGUGUUUACAAUGUGACGUUGAAUUUGGUAUCCAAAUGUUGCACGUUUGGAUGGGUUGCACGUCGUAAGCAAUGAAAACGCGUGGUACUUUUGCGGUCCGGUUCAACUAAUGAGUUGAGCACAAUCUUGAACCGGCUCUAAACAGUUUAACCGGCUGAUAUCUAACUUGGCUGUUUGGUGUUCUAGGGCUUUGUCCGGUUUGCAAUUUGAGUGGCCUUGCAAUCCCCCACACUUA